UAGAACCAACGCGUUACACAGGCUUUGCGAAAAGGAAACAGCCGGCAUCGUGACCUGUUCGUAAAGUGGAGGGGGUCUCCAAUGAUGAACACGACGCCAUUAACCGUACGUCCAUCGAUGCGUGUAUGGCACUGUUCGUCAGUUCUGCUGUUAUUCCGAGGCGAUUCGAGCAUUCGAAUCUUGGUGACCGUGGCGGAAGUCGACGUUUGCGGAAGAAAUUCGAUUGAAAUUAUUUUUCUCACCUGUACCUCCAAAAAAUCUGUAAACAAUGGCGAUCGUGGAAUCUUAUUGGACGCCAUGCGUUUGGUCAAAUAGUGUUAAGACUGGUUGCAAGGCUAUAGCGUUUUACACAGUGGCGAUUAGUAUAGUGCUUAUUACACUAAUAUCUUAUCAACUGGCUGGUGGCGAUUCCACGCAACUGUAUAAUCCGUUAUUUGAAGCUGAUGUAAGGGGAUGUAAGCAGGAUAUUGAUCAUAUAUAAUAAUAGUACUGCA